AUAAUGAGAAGAGCCACUGUAGUAAAGAAGAUUUUUAUCAAAAAAUUGCAAAAACAAUGAUGAACAUUUUGAUAACUACCACAGAUGCUGUGGCCGAAUCGAUAUGGUUCGAUAAGGUAGUCUUUAACAAUAAACACACAUGUUGCACUUGCAUACAUAUUUAUGUAUGUUUGAGUAUACAUAGUACAUGUAGGCGGUAUUUCCUAGUUGAAUGCAAUCAACAACAAUUAUGAUUUAAUUGCAAUUAAGCAUUGUUUUUCGACCUAUAUAAAUAGAAUGGACUAGCUAUGAGGCCACCAUAGUGUUUUGUUUAGUGGAAACGGAAGUUCCAGUAGCAGACCAUAUUUUAACCAUCGCAGAAUGCUAAAAGUUAUAACGUUAGUAGUCUUGGUGCUAAGCGUGGAGGCGAAUUAUGUGAGCGAACCAAGGUGCACUAAUUCGAUAAUCGGUAGCAGACACCCCCAUUUUUUGGAAUGCUCCAAAUUUGUAAUAUGUGUUAAGACAUGGUUUGGUCGGGUUCAAAGCUGUCCAAGUGGAUUGCAUUUUAAUGCAGAAGAGGCGGUAUGCGACUAUCCAUCCCGGGCCGGAUGUGCCAUGGAAAGAUCUCUUGUGAAACCUAGUUGCGAAUGUGAUUGCAGUGUAUGUUGCCCAACUAGUGUGCCUUGCGAUACUUCAACUUCAACAUCACCUUCGGCUCCAACUUCCCCAAUAACAGAGGCUCCUUGUGAAACGCCAAGUCCAACAUCUACGCCUUCAUCCCAUUCAACUGCAACAAUCUCAACAGCGCCACAAAGUCCCAGUACAGAAACUCCUCCUUGCGAAAUACCAAGUUCAACACCAGCACCAACGCCAGCAUCGACACCAAGUACUACAACCAGUUCUCCACCACAAUCAGCAACCCCAACAGCCACCCCAUGCAAAACGACUACCAUUAGUUCCCCAACCCCCACAGGGGAAUCUCAUACGCCUACAGUAGACUCGCCAACACCGACCGUUGGCUCUCCUACAUCUACUGAUGCCUCCCCAACUCCUCCAGCUGAUUCUCCUGCGCCUACUGCCGAAUCUUCUACACCUAAUGGAAGCUCGGCCACACCUUCAGGAGAGUCUUCUACGCCUGCAGAUGCCUCAUCAACACCUUCAGGAGGCGCUUCUACGCCAACUCCUACGGAAGGCUCUCCCACGCCUAGUGAAGGCUUAUCAACGCCUUCAGGAGCAUGUCCUAUAUCCACAGAUGCCUCGCCAACUCCUACAGUGGACUCUCCCACACCUAGUGGCGGCUCAUCAACACCUUCAGGAGGUCUUCCUAAACCUACUGAUGCUUUGCCACCUCUUGAAACAGACUCUCCUACGCCUACUCACGCCUCGCCAACUCCUACAUCAGACUCUCCUACGCCUACUGGCGAUUCUCCUUCAUCAACUGCAGGCUCUUCAACGCCUUCAGGAGGGUCUCCUGCACCAACUCCUACGGCUGACUCUCCCACGCCUAGUUCAGGCUCAUCAACACCUUCAGGAGCGGACUCUUCUACGCCUACUGGCGGCUCUCCUACACCUACUGGAGGCUCAUCAACGCCUUCGGGAGCAACUCCUACGGCAGACUCUCCCUCGCCCAGUGAAGUCUCAACAAGACCUUCAGGAGCAUCUCCUACACCUACAGAUGCCUCGCCAACUCCUACGCCUACUGGCGGCUCAUUAACGCCUUCAGGCGGGUCUUCUACGCCAACUCCUACGGCUGACUCUCCCGCGCCUAGUCCAGGCUCUUCAACACCUUCAGGAGGGUCUCCUGCACCAACUCCUACGGCUGACUCUCCCACGCCUAGUUCAGGCUCAUCCACACCUUCAGGAGCAUCUCCUACACCUACAGAUGCCUCGCCAACUCCUACGCCUACUGGCGGCUCAUCAACGCCUUCAGGCGGGUCUUCUACGCCAACUCCUACGGCUGACUCUCCCACGCCUAGUUCAGGCUCAUCCACACCUUCAGGAGCAUCUCCUACACCUACAGAUGCCUCGCCAACUCCUACGCCUACUGGCGGCUCAUCAACGCCUUCAGGCGGGUCUUCUACGCCAACUCCUACGGCUGACUCUCCCACGCCUAGUUCAGGCUCAUCCACACCUUCAGGAGCAUCUCCUACAUCCACAGAUGCCUCGCCAACUCCUACGGCGGACUCUCCUACGCCUUCUAGCGGCUCUCCUACUCCUACUGGAGGUUCAUCAACGCCUUCAGGAGCAACACCUACGGCAGACUUUCCGACGUCUAGUGAAGGCCCAUCAACACCUUCAGCAGCAUCUCCUACACCUACAGAUGCCUCGCCAAUUCCUACGACAACUGGCGACUCGCCUCCACCUACUGGAGGCUCGUCCACGCCUUCAGGAGGCUCUUCUACGGCAGACUCUACCACGCCUAGUGAAGGCACAUCAACACCUACAGGAGCAACUCCUACGCCCACAGAUACGUCGCCAACUCCUACGUCUGACUCUCCUUCACCAACAUCCACAGAAGUGUCUCCAACACCCACAGAUGGGCCUACUUCCUCGGGUUUGCCAACACCAACAAUACCUGCACCCACAGGAGGAACUAUCGACUGUGAUCCAACAUGUUGCAAUACAACUGAAGGCUAUACUCACGUUCUGGAAGGUAAUUGCCAGAAAUUCGUAGUUUGCGUGGGCGGAAAAGAAAAUAUAUUUACUUGCUCCAAUAAUUUGCAAUACAAUUCGGCGACUGGGCAAUGUGACUAUCCGAAUAAUGUGAACUGUACAUGGCCCCAAGCCCCACCAAGUGGGCCCUCGGCUGGCCCGUCUGGAACUUAUUGUGAAACUGGAGGACGCUGCGUGGGUCAACCUGAUGGCACCUCCUUUGCUAGCGAAACGGAUGCGUGUAGCUCCGACUACAUUGUAUGCCAAUGUGAGUGCGAAGUGAAACGCAGUUGUUCAUCUCAAUUGAUGUUUAAUGUCAAGUUAGGGGUCUGUGAUUGGCCCACAAGUUUCGGUUGUUAACUCAUUAAUUGGUAAUUGGUAUACAUACAUACAUAUGUAAUACAUAAAUACAUACAUAUGUACUUUUUGUGGAAUAAA